AUGAGUGACGGAGGACAAUGGAAGCCUGUUUUCGGAAUGGUGGUUGUUAAUUUUGCCUUCGCAAUAGUGAAUUUACUUCUUAAAAAGAUGUUGGAUCAAGGGACAAACAAUAUGGUUAUUGCUACAUACCGACUGUCAAUUUCUGCAAUUUUCUUGGCGCCUAUUGCGUACUAUUGGGAAAGUCUAGAAAAAGCGAACAUGACAAGCAAGGCAGGAAAAGCGAAGGUGUUGGGUACAUUUAUUUGCAUGGGGGGAGCUGUCCUACUGAUCCUUUAUAAAGGAAUGCCAUUAACCAAUUCACAUUCAGAAGCCACCACAACUGACAUCCUAAACCAUGCAGAUACUACGAUCUCAGGCUGCUUCACGUGGUCUUCAUGGUUCCUAAUGCAAACUAAGAUUAGCAAAAAUUAUCCAUGUCAAUACUCUAGCACUGCCAUUAUGUCAAUCUCUGGUGCAAUCCAGUCAGCUGUCUUAGGUUUAAUCAUGGAAAGGAAUUUUGCCAUGUGGAUUCUGAAACCAAAAUUGGAGAUUAUAGGCGUCCUUUAUGCUGGGAUCAUAGGAUCAGGCUUGUGCUAUGUGGGGAUGUCAUGGUGUGUCAAACAAAGGGGUCCUGUAUUCACAUCUGCUUUCACGCCCUUCACACAGAUAUUUGCUGCUGUGUUUGAUUUCUUUAUCCUGCAUGAACAAAUUUAUCUUGGAAGUGUCCUGGGAUCUAUCUUAGUGAUGCUUGGUCUGUACAUUCUCCUAUGGGGUAAAAGCAAUGAAGCAGUGAAUUGUAGUGAGAAGCAAGCCCAACUAGCCGAGGAAGAGGAAAACCGUGACACAGAAGCACAGAUAUCUGUAAUAAAUUCGAAGAGUAAUCUGUAA